AUGCUGUUGCUACUGUCACUGCUGCCUCUCCUGCCGCCGCCGCUGCUGCCGCCGCCGCCGCCAGCGCUGGUCCUGCUUCUGCUCCUACUUCUCCUGCAUGACAGUUGUUUUCUCCAUCUGAGCAGAUACCAGCUUCAGAUGCUCGAGGUGAGGAACAUGCCUUUCAGUUUGGGCUACUGGUUUACUUAA